AUGGCGGGCCCCAACAUUGAAGGCUGCGAACCCAACACAUUUCUGCCAGCAAUAUCUGCAAUCGAGCAAUCCUACCAACCUUUCGAUUCCUUUCCCAACUCGAGACCUCUCAAGAAAGCUCCUGUCACUCUUCCUUGGAAGGCCAGUUCUUAUUACGGGGUUUGCAGGGCCGAGCCAAAUUGGCCCUGUUGUGACAGCAUGCCCCAACCUCUGGCAAGCACGAACAAACUGCGUCAUUUGGACGGUAUCAAAAUACCGCCAGUAUUUGCCGCCGCUCGUAACGCACUAUUCACUCGCUAUUCAGAAAGGGAUUGGUGUUUGUCAAACCAGUGUAACUAUCAAACAUCCAACAGGGUGAGAUGUGCCUCGGAGUUUCUCCGUCACAAUUCUCUGCAUACAGCCAGUGAGCUGGAAGAGAAGAGUCAAAAAAGUCAAAUCGACUCGAACAAUAAAUUGAGCGAACGCAUUCAGGAUAUCAUGUUUUGGAAAUGUGAAUUGCAAGCGGAAAUGGAUAAGAUGCUGGCAGAGAUGGAUGUCUUGCUUAAGUCCAGAUCCUGUCUUGAAAGAGAAAUAAGUGAACUGAACAACACGCUCUACAUUGAUCAGGAAUGUUUGUAUAACCGUGAGAAGAGGCAGGGUAUUGAGAUGGUCCAUGAUGACGUUGAGGUCUCGAUCAUCCAGGAGAUUGACCUAUUGAAGAGAGUGCAAGAAGACAUGAGGAACAUUAUGAAUGACAUCAAUCAGACACUAGCGUCAGUAAUAGCUGCUUACCACGAGUUAGAGAAGGAUUCAGCUGAUAAGUUUGUUGCUCUGAACAUUGACAACAACGCCAUCAAGAUGAAGAAUACAUCGAGGGGCAUCUACUACUAUGACUGUAUCGAAAGGGUUGAUAACAGCCAAAGUGUACCUGAGACAUGGGCCAAAUACACAGACGACAACAUCAAGAGGUCCAUGCAGGAACGCAAAGCGUCUCGUGAACUGAGGAACAAAGUCGAGGAAAUGCUCACCAUCACCGCUGAGCGACUCGUAACUGCCUGGAACAACGUUAAUUCAGCUUUCUCCGAUCACAUUGAAGAGCUGGAGAAAGCUAAAUACAAGAUUCAGGCACAUCUCUCGAAGAUUUUGGAAGAAAUAUUCAACACUGAAACAUCAAUAGAGCUUCUAAAAAAGUCAAUCGAAGAAAAAGCCCCGUACAUGAAAGUUGCACAAACAAGACUGGAAGCCAGAAACCAUCGUCCAAACAUGGAAAACACCAGAGAUCAUGUGCACAACAAGUUGGUUGAAGAGGUCUAUGAAGUGUGUGAAACGAUAGAUAAGUUGAAGGCCAAACUGAGAGAAUCUGAGAACGCUCUUCAGCAGCUGUUGAGGACGAAGGCCUCUCUGCAACAUGACUUGGAUUUGAAACUACUUAGCAUACUUAUUGAUAGGGAGAAAUGCAUGGGACUGAGGAGAUCAUACCCAUUAAUUUCAAGAGUUAUUUGCUAUUAA